AGAUAAUUCACUUUCCUACUCUAAAACAACCAAAAGUAUACAUAAAUACUUACAAAGAUUAACGCGAAAUGAUAAUAUCACUUUAACAAUUAAAUGUAAUGAAUAUACAAAAAAUCCCCAACUAUUUAUUGAUUUUGUGCAUAAAAUUGAACAUUGGUAUGAAAAAAAUGAAAAAAUGUAUCUACAUUAUAUGAAUGUAUAUAAUCGUGAUAUCAUAACAGAGAUAGAAUUUAAACUUGCCUUAAAAAGUAUGCAAACAUCAUUAAAUGAUACAGAAUUACACCUUCUCUACAUACUGUUAAGUCCCAAGCAAACUAAUCAAGUACAAUGGAGUCGAUUAAGUGAAGUUAUCUGGAAGGCGAUUGAAAAAAUCUAUACAAAAGAUCAAUACAAAACUAUGGAUAUAACAAAUGAUUGUAAUUGGGUACUGUGUAAAUUUAAAUCAUCUACUCUAAGUAUAUUUGGUAUUAGUACAGUUUUUGAAGAAGUCAUUCCACUUGAUUAUACAGGUUUAAUGAUUAAAGAAUUAAUUAAGUGUAAAUUAAACUUAUUACCAAGUAAAGAUAUUAUCGUGUAUGUAGAUCAAAUGCGUUCUACGCAAACAUUGAUACGCAAUGGACAAAUGUUGUUAGAAUUCAAUUAUUCUGGUGGUCCUAAAUGGGAUCCAAUUGAAAUUACACUAUAUUAUGAAUUUUCAUCAGGAUAUCUUGAUUGUCCAUUAAUUAAUUAUAAUAAUUAUUGUUGUGAAACUAAGAAAAAGUAUAAAACACAGUUAGCUAUUGAAAAAUUUGAUUCAAUUAUCUAUUGAAACAUUUCUAUGAAGUGGGUGUGGGAAAUACAAAUUUGCUAACUUUUUGUGAUACAGAAAAGAGGAAUGAAAAUUUUUUCAAAAAAAAAAAAGAUAGACACGCAUAUUUUUCUAGUGAUUCUAGAAAGUAAAGCAAAGCGAAAAAAAAAAUAGCAAUUGUGUAACGAACGAACAUUUAAUGUUGUUGAACAUAUUCAAUGUCCAAUGUCCAAUAUUCAAUAUUCACAUGUUGUGAAUAAUGAAAGUUAGGUGAAUGAAAAACACCUUUUUGUGU